UUGCUGGUGCCUGAAACGUGGAUGCUGGCGGGCGAGCGAGGAAAGGCGGAGCAGGAGUUGGGUGGGGAGUGGGCUGCAUCUUUAUAAACCUGCGGGCAGCUGGUGGGCGCUGGCGCUGCGCUCCGAGUGGAGACUUUACAGCAUCGCGUCCAAGAACAGAGCUCCGCCCGAGUACUUAACCACCCUUGUCCGCUGCUUCUGGAUUUCUGAAUCUCUCUCUCUCUCAUUCUCCCUCCCUCCCUCCUUCCUUCCUUCUUUCCCUCUGUCUCUGUCUCCCCCUUCUUUAAAACAGGGGAAAAAUCACCUUGCGCACCUCUAGUUUGUUUUUCUUCCAUCUUUCAGAACCCUUGGCAAAGAGCGCUAGCAAGAAGGGCCAGAUGCCGGCGGAGGCGGGGCAGAAGGCGGACUGCGCCUGCUCCUACGGGAUGAAGCUCAGUUGGGACAUCAACGAUCCGCAGAUGCCUCAGGAGCCUGCCCACUUCGACCGCUUCUGCGAGUGGCCCGACGGCUACGUGCGCUUCAUCUACCGCGGCGACGAGAAGAAGGCGCAGCGCCACCUGAGCGGCUGGGCCAUGCGCAACACCAACAACCACAACGGCCACAUCCUCAAGAAGUCGUGCCUGGGCGUGGUGGUGUGUGCGCGGGGCUGCGCCCUGCCCGACGGCUCCCGUCUGCAGCUGCGACCUGCCAUCUGCGACAAGGCGAGGAUGAAGCAGCAGAAGAAGGCCUGCCCCAACUGUCACGCGGCUUUGGAACUGAUCCCCUGUCGAGGGCACAGCGGGUACCCGGUAACCAAUUUCUGGAGGCUCGAUGGCAAUGCGAUAUUUUUUCAGGCCAAGGGAGUUCAUGAUCACCCCAGACCAGAGAGUAAGUCAGAGACAGAAGCUAGAAGAAGCGCCAUCAAAAGACAAAUGGCUUCUUUUUACCAACCCCAGAAGAAGAGAAUUCGAGAACCUGAGGCAGGAGAGAAUCAAGACGACAGCGGACAUUUUGACAACAUACCUCCCCUGGAAAAUCCAGAGGAGUUUGAUAUAAUUCCUGACACUGGCUUCCCUGUUCCAGGACAGCCUUGCUUUUCCUUUCCAAACUCGGAUGCUUACAAAGCUACCUGUGACCUAGCCACCUUUCAGGGAGACAUAGUACCACCCUUUCAGAAAUAUCCAAAUCCAAGAAUCUAUUGUCCUGGUUAUGCAAAUUCGAGCCUGUAUCCCGCUCUUUAUAAAGAUUCCAACAAUAUCCCUAAUGACACAGACUGGCUUCAUCUGAACGCACUACAAUAUGAUGUCAACUCAUACAGCAGCUUCGAGAGAAGCUGUGAUUUCACCAGUAAACAGCAUGGCUGGAAACCAGCUCUUGGAAAACCUGGCCUUGGGGAGAGGACUGACCAUGGACAGUUCCAGGCUGUGGCCACUCGCCCUUACUUCAACCCGGAGCUUCCCUGCAGGUAUCUCACAACCCCUCCACCAGGUCCUUCAGCCCUACAGACGGUGAUCACCACCACCACCAAAGUGUCCUACCAGGCCUACCCACCCCCUGCUCUGAAAUACUGUGACACGGUACGGGAAGUUAAGAGCCUUUCGGGCUGUAACUAUGCUUCUGAAAACACCCAACUGUCCAUCUACCCAGAAGCCUUGGACAUUCCAGCUGCUGUCGCCACGGCAGCUUCUCCAACGGGGUCACUUCCUCUGAAAAUUCCCGGAGAUUGCAGGGCCAUCAGACAUACUUUGCCUUUUCCUCAGGAGUCAGUGCCCUCCCGGGUGGACGGAGCAGAGACUUGGGAUGUGUGUCCAUCUGGACUGGGGUCUACAACUGGUUACUCAGAUAGAGAUAGUCCAUUCCUGAGCUAUGACGGUGAGGACUUUUGAACAACAGUCCUGGGCACAUUGUAAUGUUGGUCUCCAAGUGGGCGGUGGAACGUGACCUGCAAACUAGCCCUUAAGUUGGGAGAUGCAUUUAGCAUGCAAAGAAAUAUAUAUAUUAUAAAAAUAUAUAUAUAUAUAAAUUUGUAUAUAUAUAUAUAUAUAUACAAAACCAAUGAUCAGUUGAGUAAAUUAUAGGUUGGGAAAAUGUUUAGCUAGUGUAGGGAAAUUUUUCACAGCAUUUUGAAACCCUCUAUAGUACAUAGAACUAGGUCUGGACUGUGACUGUCCCAGAUGAACAAAUAAGCAGACUGGAGACCAUGAACAUUAACGAGCUGAGCUCACCUAGUUUGCUAGCUGGAGAAGAAGUUACGAACCCUGCUUCUCACCCUAAGCCUUUCCCCACUGAAUCACAGUAGGGAAUUUCACAAAUCUUUAUUUGGCCCUUAGGGGUUGUCAAAAUAGCUUGGGGAAGAAAUCUUAUCUCGUGAAUCAUUUUAUAAGACUUAUUUAGCAUUUAGAACCUGUUAAAAUAACUUCAGGAAGUAAUUUGGUCAUUUUAUCUCCACGGUAUGUAUCUGUAGCUUUUUAAGAGAUCUACAGUGUUGCAAUGAUCAGGCGCAGUUGUUUUUAAGAUAAUUUUGUUUUCCACUAUCAGCUGAAUAACUUUUCUUUUAUUGUUGA